AUGAGUUUUCCCAUUUUGUUAAAUCUCAAUAAUCAGGUCGCUACUCAUCAGUUUCGUUAUCGAUUCUCACAGCCAAUCGAUUUCACUGCUGAUAUUAACAACUACCUACAAUACUGGUCAAUUCAGAACAAUCUCUAUUUGAUUAAUAACACAACAGGCGCAUAUUACUAUUUCAUCUCAUGUGCUGAGAACCCUUCUAGCUACGCCCUACCGUUUAAUUUGCAACCAGUCAAGAAUAUCAGUGGAUACACUCCUGCUUCAGGGAUGCCAACGCUUCCAGUCACAGCAUACACGCCUCAGCUUCAAAUCGAUAAUGCAAAUUUUGGAACAAUCAUCGGAUUCAGUCCUGCGACAUAUCCGGCAGUUCAGCAAACGAGCGUUUAUGCAGUAAAUAGCAAUUUAGUGCCGCAAUUAGAUCCAGUUGCAGCGGUAGUCGUGACUUGCUCAAAUCUCUAUAACCCGAUCGCGGGUAACAACCAGGUAUUCCACACCUUCACGUCUGCUGGGGUUCAGUACGGACAACUGAUCACAACAUCACAGUGCACUAAUUCAGAACUGACUUUGUCGUUUCUGGAUCAAAAUAUGAUCCCACUUGGUAUCAUUGAUAACAAUUUGUGCAUACGUUUGUUGAUCCGAGAACGCAAAACGGGAUAA